AUGUCCAAGGUCGAUGAUAAAGCGAUAGUAGCACCUGUCGACGACGACGACGAUGAGCCUGAUGACUGGGACAAGCGGAUCUUCAGCACUGGAUGUGCAGGUAAGGAGCCAGCCGGGUCCACGGCAAGGGUGUGCUUCAGUACACAGACAUUUAACAGGCAGAUUGAUAGCUGA